AUGCUAUAUCAAUUCAGAAAUCAAGAAGAGGCAAAUGCAUCAUCACCAGAUGAAGAGGUUGUUGGUGAGCGUCAAACCAAUGAAGAAAAUUCUGAAGUUGUUACAGCUGAAAGGGUGCAACCUAUUUCCCAGAUAGCCCAAGAUCCUCAGCAGACUGCUGAAUAUUCCUCUCAUCUGGAUUCUGGAGAUCUUGUUCAGGAGAUUGCCCCAGCAACCACUUCCUCAGUACUAGUAGAAGGAAGUGGUGAAGAAGAAAGAGGGUCUGGCCCACCUCUUGUUAUACCAGUCUCUACUGCUGGAAGUGCAGAACCAGAGGUAGAAGCAGAGGAAGUAGUAGAGUUGACGUAUGAGUUUGAACUUCUUCUUAGAUAUUCUGAUUCUGAUGACUCAGAAAGUUCUGAGAAUGCUUCUGCUAAUGAUUCUGAUGAUGAUUCAAGUGAUGAUUCUGAUAGUUCUGAUGAUGGGAAUGAUGAAGGUGUAGCCGAUAGUUCAGACGGUUCUGCUGCUACAACCGAGACAGACACAGAUGAAUCUGCUAAUGAGCGUCGAACUAAGUUGGUUCAUGAUGUUUCUGCUGCUUCCGAAAGUGAUCAUUCACAUCAGUCUUUUGUUCAAGAAGGUGUUGCUUUACAUAGAGAGCGUCGGAGUAAGGCAUGUCAUGCUGUUCCUGCUGUUUCUGAUUCAGCUCACUUCGUUCAUGAUGCACAUAGCCAUAUUCCUGACCAUGCUGCUCAGAUUGAUCCUGAUGUUGCUGCUCAGAAUGAUUCUGAACUGCGUGGAAUUUUUGACGAUAUGGAUGAUCCCGUGAACCGAGCCAGUUCGGUUAGUCCGGUGAAACGGACAGGGGGUGCUGAUCUUAAGUAUACCAGAACUAAGCGUAGACGUGUUGUUGAAGCUACUUCAGUAGCGAUUCCUGAUCCUCCAAGACCAACUGCUGCUGUUAUUCCUGCUGUUUCUCAAGCACAAGUAUUGCGUCCAAUGGUGGCUCCUUCCUUAUCCUACAGACUUCCUUCAGAUUCUUCGCUUGUUCGUCGUGUUGAUCUUCUGGAGACUCAGGUUUAG